GUGAGGGUGAGGGUGAGGGUGAGGGCGAGGGCGAGGGUGUCUGUACGUACACCGAGAGAGAAUCGAUCUAAAACUAGGAGUCGCCGCAGUAACCGCUGGGAGGAAGCCACUGUUACAAUUUGCCCCCAUAUGCGCUAGUGAAAUCUUAGAUCGGGUAAUUGUACGGAGAGAGAGCAGCUAGAAUGAGGUGUUCCCGCGAGGUGGUCGCUCGCGUUCGGCCCGCGCGUUGAUUCGAGCUCGCGCGAUACGCCACGCCGAUAUCCGUGCUGAUACAGUGCGGAAAUCCACCGAACGAACCGAACUCAGUGCCGAGGCUGACCGAAAAGAGAGUAACGGAGAGGAAGCGACGGAUAUCUAUAUAGGGAGAGGGAGAAAGAGCGAGAAAGAGGGAGAAUCGCGAGGAGCGCGCCACAGAGACAGACGGAACUACUACAAGGGAAAGAGAGAAAGAGGAGCGGGCCAAGAUAGAGGGAGAGGGAGAGAUACGCGUACACGUAGAAAGAGAAAGAGAGGAAAAGAAAGAUAGAGGGAGAGGGAGAUCGAGAGCGCGAGGACAGGAAGGAAGAGAGAAAGGGAAAGAGAAACGGUGUCGCAUCGCAAGGUGUUUCGGUAUACGGUGCACGAGACGGAGAAACGGUCGCGAGAAGAUCACGAGAGAGGGUUGGGUGAAAAUUGGAGAAAAUCGAGCAAGAAGAAAAGAAGCAAAGAGAGAAGAAAGACGGGAAAGAGACGUGUGAAUACGAGAGAAAUUCGAGAGAAAAACGGGACGAGAAAGAAAAAGAGAGGGAGAGAAAGAGAGAGAGAGAAACGGCGAGAGGGAGAAAGAGAGAGAGAGAGAGAGAGAGCGCAAGCAAGGGUGGGCGGACAGUAGUGCACGAGAGCAUCCCGUCGCCACGAUAAUGCGACGUGCAGCUUCUUUACUCGUUCCUUCUGAAUAAGUGCUUGCUGGGACGGUCCCUUACCUGCAGGGAUAUGACGUAAUGGCAAGAGAGUUAAUUUCUGUGCAGGAGUUACGGACCAAGAGACCUUUUAAGAUAUGGGACAGUUGGCGUAACGUAAGAAAGGGACUGUGUGUUAGCAAUUUCGAGGAACUGAUACACCAGGGUAAGGAGAAACUGGGCGUGCCACAGAGCGAGAAUGUAUCCGUAGUGUUGGAGUCGGACGGUACACAAGUGGAGGACGGGGAAUACUUCAAGACCCUAGCGAACAACACGAUCCUAUUGUUGCUAAGGCAUGGUGAACGUUGGUGUCCAACUGGAGUCGACAUCAUACGCGCUGCGAUUUCGGCCAUACCAAAAAUAGUCUGCGAAACGAUCCACGCCCUGGAGCUGCACGAUGAGACACCCUCGUGGAAGAUCAUGGACAAUAAAGGACGAGUCACGGUGGUGCUACACUGGGAUCAGCGUUCAUCCACGUCUCAGGCCCAGCAACAGCAGAAAGGUCAAGACGUGCAAACCUCCAAGUAUUCGCCGACCAAGAAAACCGAUCUGAGUCAGCGGCCACCACUGGUCAUCCAGACAAGCCUGGACAAGCUCAACUACGGGGGGAAGCUGGGACAUUUGGCGGCCGAGGUCGGCCCCAGCCGUUACACCAGCCCCCAUAUCACUGUGAUAAAUCAUGACGAUAUGCAGCAGCAGCCGCAGCUGCAGCCCCAGCCCCAGCCCCAGCCCCACGGGAUCCCGGGCCGCCUGGUGAAGCAGGGAACCAACUCGUUCGACAGCACCACCAUCCACAUCCACACGCCCGAGUGUUCGAACCACAUCCACCAGCCCGUGACGAGGAACGGGAGCCCCGUGAACGGCGCGGACGGUGGCGCUGUCGGCGAAUGCGACUUCCAUUGUUGCGCCCUGCACGAGGAGGGGCGUAGGAUCGCGGUUCACAAGUCGGUGGCAACGUCGCCUAUCCAGGACGCCCAGCACCAGCAGUAUCAACAGCAGCAGCAGCCGCCCCCCCACCAUCACCCGCCCCAGCAACAGCAGACGCAGACCCAGACGCCAUCCCCCCAACCGCCCUCCUCCCUGUCGGACGGGACGAGGCGAACGGGGCUGAGCAAAGGGCACGUGAGAUUCUGCGACACGGCCGACGAGGAGUCGAGCUCCCGGCUUGCGGGCAACUCGGGAACGGCGAGCUUUCAUCUCCACCACCACCACAAUCAUCACCAGGAGCACGACAGCUCCGAGUCCGAGACCGAGAACACGAUCAUGGAGGACGAGAUCGUCACCUCGGAGAAAUUUUUACUGCUCAUCGACCAGCUCACCGUAGACCAGAAGCACUUGAGCAUCAAGGACAUUGGGAUCAUCUUGGAGCGGCUCAGCUCGAAGAUACUCGACGUGGAGCGGCUCGACAGGGAGAGCGAGAGCGAGGAGUGUUACAACUGGACGAUCAAGGCUAUCAUUAGGGGAGACGUGUUGAGGGAGCUUGGGGUUAUUUACAACGGGAAUUACUACGCGAUCUCGGAACACCCGGGAUACAAGGAGGAGUCCGAGGAGAAUAACGAGGAUAACGAGGAGGAGGAGGAGGAUAGACUUUAAUAUGAUGCUGUUUUACUAGAUAGAUAGAUAGAUAGAUAGUUAGAUAGAUAGAUAGAUAGAUAGAUAGUUAGAUAGUUAGAUAGUUAGAUAGAUAGAUUAUACACCUAUUAAUGGUUAUUAUUAAUAAUAAGUAUAUAUCGAGCUGCGGGGAGGGGGCUUAAAGAGAUAAAGUUUCGAAGAAGAGAUUUGAAGAAGGGUUUUUGAAAGAAUUGAGAAAAGAGAAAGAGAGAGAGCAAAUAUUUAAGAGUCGAAUUUGUUAUAAUUGUGUCUGGAUUUCCGAAUGGAGGGGAGGUCGAAGAGAGAUUGGUGGAUAAACGAAAUGGUGAUUUUUUUUCAAAAUGUUUUCAUAAUAAAACAAAGGAAUGCGUCAUAAUAAAAGAAACCAAAAAAAAAUAAUAAUAAUAAUAAAAAUAAUAAUAAUAAUAAUAUAAUAAUAAUAAUAUAAUAAUAAUAAUAAUAAUAAUAAUAAAAUAAAUAAAUCAUACGAUACCUUAUUAAACUUAGUUCUAAAGACGGUUGUUGAAAUAUGUACUUAUUAAAUAGUAUGUAUACUUGUAGGAAACAUUUUUGGGAUUACGGACAUUGAUUCCGUAACCGUCCACAACACUGCCCUAUCUAAAAAAAAAAAAAAAAAAGAAAAAAAACAGGAAGAAAAGAAAAAGAAGAUAAAAGAGAGAAACGAGAGAAAAGAGUGAAGCAAGAGAGAUAGAUAAGAUAGAUAGAGGUACUUACGUUUCACGACGUUUUCGUCGAGGAAUAAAGUGGAGAGAGGAAAAGAAAAAAAAAGGAAAAAAAAAAUGAUGGAAAAAUAUUUUCGUUCCUGAAUCGAUCGAGGAACAUGUUCUAGUUUAUUAAGAGGAGAAAAGAAGAAUGAGAAGGAUCGUAGUAGAAGAGGUACAUCGAUGCAUCUCGAUUUAUCUUUUAUCGUUCGUAUCGGGGAUAAUUUUGGAUUCCAGUUACACCAAAGGAUCGCUUUGGUUUUCCUUCUCGUCGCCAGAACGCGAAGGAUCUCUGAAAAAAAAAGAAAAAAAAAAAAAAUACGAAAGUCGAGUCGUAAAUAGAGCCGUUCAUCAGGGUGUGUUUGGUUCCACACUUUGGCGGGUAGGAAGGUGAAUUCGAGAUGAAAAAUUUUGUUCCUUGUCAGUCUGUAAGAAACGAAUUAAAUCAACUGCCCGACUCUCGCUAUACGUAUAUAAAAAACGAAAACACGAUUACAUACAUACGUACACACACAUAUACACGCGCACACCCACACACGUACACGUUGUUCAACACACAGGCACACUCGUAUAGACACAGAGAGGUAAGGAGUAAGAGGGGCGAAGGGAAGAGGAGGAAAAUAGAUGCACGAGAUAAGAGAGAAUAAAAUGGAGGACCUCGUUCAGGAUUCAUCGUUAGCGGGUUUUGCGCUACCGAUAUAAGUGAUACCGAUACAUAAGAGUAUUAAUCGCGCCGAUAUAUAUAUGUAUACAGGAUAUCCGGCGUGCUCCGUGAAAACUUUGCAAUUUUAAUAUAUUUCUAUUGUAAGUAUAUUUGACACUGCGAACGGAGAGACACGACGAAAAUUUAUUCGAUAAAAAAAAAAAAGGAAAAAAAAAAAGAAAACGUAUUGUAGCGAUAUUACGUCAUUGCAAGAAAAAAAUCACACUUUAUACAUAACGUAUAUAUACACUAUAUAUAUAUAUAUAUAUAUAUACAUAUGAAUAUAUACAUAAAUGAUUGCUCCGUAAAAAAAAAAAAAAAAAAAAAAAAAAAAAAAAAGAGGACUUGGUGCUCGAGAGAUAAGAACCAACUGGGUAAAACGGCGCGUAUAGUGCGUUAUAAAUAAGAAGAAAAACGGUUCAGUUCGUUUGAUUUCCAGGGAGUGUGUGUGAUCUCACCUCGUUUUGUCCUAGAUUUUUCUCGCAUGUUUCGUUUCUCUUUUAUGGGAGAUUCGAUACGGGGAGGAAUUCGACAAACGAGGAAGAUGAAAAAAAAAAAAAUUGCGAUGAGAAUGAACGCGAAAGAGAAAUAGGGGAAGAGUGAACGUGUGAUUACAUUUGAGAAUAAAAAAAAAAAAAAAAAGGAAAAUUUACAAGAAUUAUUUUUCAUGGAUAGACGCUGCAUGAAAAAAGUGAAAAUUACCCGUAACCUUCACUUUUAACGCAAUGUCCAUUGUUAAAAAAUAAUUCUUGAACGUCUAAUUUUUAGGACGUGAACACUUUUUUUUUUUUUUUUUGGGAGAUAAAAUUCUGGAGAGUUACUCGUUUUGGGAGGAGAUGAACACUGCGAUGAAAGCGAUUAUCCGACAGUGACUUUCAUUCUCGAGCAGUGGUAGUGUCCACUGGUAACUUUCGAGAGCAACUCUCGAGAGUUUUAAAUUCAAAUGCAUUUGCACGCGGGGAGAAAUUGAGAGAGAGUGCCUGUGCGCGUGUGUUGAGAACCAUACGAAUGAGUGAGUGAACGGGUGAGAUGAGAGAAAGGGAGAGAGAAAGAGAGGGUGAAAGAAAGAGAAAAAGGGGAAAGAUGAAGAGAGGAGAUGAGGUAAAACGGAGCGCGUCUUUUGUUGCGCGAAAUGUCACUUCUCUUCUCGUGUCGACGAAUGUUCUUUUUUUUUUUUUUUUUUUCUUCUUUUUUUCGGACCGAUUUAAUGGAAACAGAGGGUGUUACACGUGCUUUUACGAAUUUAAUAACGCUAGGCAACUUCCGUAUCUUCCGAGGAAUGUUUUUCAUCCGAGAACCUUGUUUUCAGGUUUUUUCGUUGGGCCACUUUAAAUAUUGAAAUUGAAAUAAAUUGUUGAAAAAGGAUUAACAAAAGGGAAAGAACAAACGAACGAAAAAAAAAAAAUGAAAAAGGAGAGUGAGAAGAAAUAACAAAUGAUAAAAAAAAAAAAGAAUAAAAAAUGGAGAUAAAAAGAAGAUCGUUAUAAUAUUGUUUUUAAUACAUGCAGGCACUGUAUACACAAAACGAAGGAAAAAAGAUAAUACGGUCUCGAGCUAUUCUUAUUUACAAUAUUACUUAUAUAGCCUCCUCCCUUAGAUUCUUUUUUUGCGUGCUAUAUGCGAGGCGUAUACGUAUACUUUUUCGUCGAAUCGAACGCGUGGCAAAGCGCGAAACGCUUUGCAAAGCAUUCUUCCUGCGCGAGAGACCUCGAAGCGACUUUUUCCUCCCCCUCUCCUUCCUUUUUCUCCUCUCUCUUUUAUUCGACGCAUUUCGCUUCGAGUGAAGAUCGAAAGAGGAUCGAUCGAGAAAACGAGCAGUGUAAAGCAGAGAGACACGUGUGUAGCGAAGAUUGUAUGUGUGAGAGAGAAAGAGAGAGAGAAAGAGAAAGAAAGCAUCGAGACAUAGUCGAAUAUAAGUCACCUCGCAUUACGAUUACCUCUGUAUAAUUGCAAAGCCGCAUUACGGAGAAAAUUACGAAACAAAAAAACUAGCGAGAAGAGAGAAAGAGAGUAUAUGCGUGUGUGUGUGUGUGUCCUUAUGUGAGUACGCGAGAGAAAACUAACGAUUCGACGAUUAGCUCUAUACCUUCGUCACUUGUCUCUUGCCGCGAGUAGCGUGUUUAGAAUCUUAUCGAUUAUUAUUAUUAUUAUACAUCGAUCGAUCGAGGUAAGAUUUGCACGAGGCAGAGGAGCGGAGAAGAGAGAGAAAGAAAGAAAAAAAAAAGGAAAAAAAACGAAAAGAAAAUAUAAAAAAGAUGAAAAAAAAAAAAAAUAUGUCGAGAACGAGUCUUCCCUCGCGCGAGACAAAUCGCCGAGUGUGCGUGCAUUCGCGCGAGCGAGUUAGCGAAUUUUCAUUGACGCGCAUCGACGCGCAUACAAUUACACGCGAGAUGUGUGAAGAGGAGGAGGAUAUAAAUCACAGAUAUUUGCAAUCCUACUAUGCACUGUCAAAAUGAAACAUAAAUUAAAUGUAGAAGCGAGUUAAGGUUUUUUAAGCAUUAUAAACGAUGUACUGACUUUUUUAAUGACGUUUUAUCACGUUACGGAGUACUAUACAUAUAUAUAUGUAUAUAUAUACAUAUACAUACAUACAUACGGGGAAUAUAAUAUAAACAAAUACAUAUAUAUAUAUAUAUGUAUUUAUAUAUAUAUAUAUGAAUAUAAAUAAAUGAAUAAAUAAAUAAAUGAAAUAAAUGAAUAUACACACAAAAAAAAAUACACACGUACACGUGCAUACAUAAUUAGCAUACAAAUGUCAGCGAGCGAGUGUCUGAUGAAUGCGUCAAUAAACAA